GAUGAACGUGUUGAUGGCAAAUACACAGUUUCAGCUAGCAAUCUUGGUGGCAUUCGUUCUGUGGAAUUUCAUAUGAUUUUAGCCGGUAAGAAGAGUUUAUUUAAUUAUUUAUGUCAAAAAGUAUGUUUGUACCAGAUCAGGACAUCUAUUUGGUUGUGCUUGGGUAUUUAUUUUCGCCAAUGUAGCCUUAAGCUAUUACUUGCUUACUCUUUUUAGUUGCUUAUAACUUAUUUCGCGAGCAAUUUUUUCAGGAAACCCGCCAGCAAUAAAUUCUCUGGAAUUAAGAGGUCAAACUCAUGGUCAAAUAGUGCUACAAUGGACACCUCCGAUCUCUAGUGAAAAAUUGCGAGCUUUUGGUGAUGACUAUAAAUACCGAAAAGAUGCAAAAUCAUUUGCAAUAUCCUACAAAGAUACCACAACAAACGAAGAAAAAAUAAUUUCAACUAUUGGAACAUUUGUUGAUACAGUUUUUCUUGUACGUAAAAAUGAAAUCAACGGUAUUAAAACGGGAAUGCUGUAUGAAUAUAAAAUCCGAAUGAUUGAUUUUGGAGAUCAAGUUGGUGAAUGGUCAACUCCAUUUGAACACACUAUUCCCUCAACCUUACCUCCAUUUGUAUCGAAAGGACCACAGACAACCUACAUCGUAAAGGAAAAUAAAACGUUGUCAAUACCAUGUGAGGUUUCAUCAACACCUGCUGCAACAAUUGCUUGGUAUAAAGACUCGGUUGCUAUUUCAAAUACUGACGCUCGAUUUAAAAUAUCUACAAAUAAAAUUGAACUUGUGAACAUUCAGUCUCACCAUGAUGGUGAAUAUUACUGCAAAGCUUCAAAUACUUUUGGUGUUACCGAAAGUGACAAAGGCAAGGUUUUCGUACAAUCGGAAAAUGCAGAAUAUUAUUUAUACUGUAUCAGCAAUUAA